AUGUUAUCCGCCAUCGGUACAUCCAUUCCUCACAUACGCAUUUCGCCUGCUUCGCCAGUCAAGGCAUAUCGAGAGCCCUACUCCCCGUUUGUCUCUGCAGGCAACCCAGACAAGGAUGAUAGCGGGUACCGCCCACAGUCGUUGAGCCCCCAAUAUCACUUUCCUGCCAUAUCUCCCAGGCAUUCGUCUCCUCUUCGUCCUGCAGACUGUCCUCCUCCAAGAGAGUUUCAUCGUGAUCAGUUUGAUCUGCUUCUCGAAGUAUCGCGUGACAAGAGAGCUGCGCUCGGUUCAAGAAAGGUCCCAGAUCUGCGCAAGGAACUUGCCAUUAAGAACCAGAGAAAUAAGCAACUCGAGCGUCGUGCAUUCUUCCUGUCAAGAAUUCAGGAACCUACGUUGCCCACUACAGGUUCCAAAAACCCUAUUGAGUUCCCUAGCGUUGAUCGUUGCACACUCCCAUCUCUCGGCCUCGGUUCACCGUUGUUCUACUCAUCUGAUGAGGAGCAUGAUGGUUGUAUUGGAAAAGAUCUCCCCGGCCCCCGCACCCGGUUCGAACAGGCGGAUUGUCGUUUACCCAUCAGCAAGCCCAAGGCAGACCUGAACUUGGGUAGACGCAAACUUCCAUCGCUGGAAGAGAUCACCGCCCGCGUCGGACCACUCCAUCCUCCCCCAUCGGUGGCCAAUGAGCCUAUAUUCGUAACACCCCGUCUACCGAUGUUCCUAAGGAGCAACAAGAACUCGUCAACUGCACGGACUGUCUCGGACACGAAACCUUGUAUCAACAUCGGCAGAUUACAUAUGCCCGUUAGACGCCGUCAGAGCAGCGACUCUCUUUCUUAUAUGCGACUAAGCGCAAUACCCGGCUCUCCUUGUUACCCAAACAUCGAGAUAGCCAGUCCCCAUGCUCGCAGUAAUGCGAUAUGCGCGUUCACUGAGUCCAAUAUGCACGUCCUUGGCCGAGCCAACACUGCUCGUGAAAUGAUGACCACCAUCAAACGUCGCACGUCCCCUCCUCUCCCGUGCCUUGAAAACCAUCAGCCUAGGCCAAAGAGACACAGCGCUCCCGCGGAGGUGCAACUAAGAGGACGCUCUGGCUUCGAGCAUCCAAACCUGUCGUUGCCUGGGGCUUUCUGA